UUUGCAGGUCGGUGUUUUCAUCAUUGAGCGUUUUCUACGAUGUUUUGUAAAUUGUACAAACUUCUGAACAACCGAUCUUCUGACAUCCCGUACUCCAUUCUCAACAACAAUAAUCAAACAAAAUUCAUUUAUCCUCCAGAACGAAAAAACAAUCAAAUCUCGAAUUCUUUUUCUGAACUCCCGCUACCUUCACCAUUUCGGGAAAUGCAAAUGUUGAAGAAGCCGAAAAACGGAAAGCUCGCAAGCCUGGGGUUAAUCUCUGUUGGAAUGUCGUUGGCAGGGCUUGUAGUCUUGGUUGACAAUGAAUCGAAGAGCGAGUCAUCUCCUCGAGAGGAUGAGCUUCAAACUUAAGGUCUUGCAUUACUUUUUAAAUCUUUGUGACAUGUUUGAUAAUAAAAUGAUUAAAAGCAGUUUAAAAUUCUACAUUGAAUUGAUAAAGUGAUCAUGUUUUCCAAAAUUCUUCUUCAUAUCAAAUAUCAAAAUGCCACAACUUCUUCAAACCCAACUGCCGUCCCAGUCGUUUUUUUUGAUGUUUUAACACAUUUAUUCCAAAUUAAUCAUCCGCGCCACUACUAAAAUAAACAAUGUUUUUAUACUGACAAUGUCAUUAAUUUAUUCACGCCGCUGCGAAUUUGGCUCAUAAUGAAAAAUGCUUCAUCAGUUUGUUUGUCUUUUUUUCAUUUCAAAAUAAAUUCACUCAUCGACCUCGCAUAGUGUUUUUUUGUGUAUAAGAAUACAAUAUCAUUUUAUUUGUACAUUGACAAUGACAAUGAAAAAUAUAACUUAA